GUGUCAACUUCAGCUUUACUGCGAUCUUGGUGAAUGUUUUUGCAUUCUAAAAUUUUGCCGCGUGUCGCUUUCCAAUGUAGAUUUUAUACCCCAAGGCAUGCACCGCGACCGACUGACCUGUCAGCGUACUUGGUACAGGCAGCAGAUAAAGACCCAACCACUACUGUUCAACGCGGGACACGGUUUGAAUUCUGCACCCAGACGGCACUGAUGCAACACUUUGGAAUGCAGCUAAAACACUAUGGAGGACGAGAUGACGGUGGGAUUGACCUACGGGGCAUAUGGCCGCUUUCGACUUUAGUACAUCACUCUCUACCUUCGACAAUGGCUCUUUUCGUACAGUGUAAAGAUCAUCAAAAAGGUGUGAGCCCCGAACACGUUCGGUCCCUGAUUGGCGCUAUGGUCAGCCAGCAAGAUCCUAGUCACCUCAGCAUUGGAAUACUAGCCUCCCCGUAUACGCAAAAGGGAUUCACUAGACAAGUCAUUAGGGCUUUCGAUGCAACCCAUAUUCCGCUUGGCCUGGCCAUUAUAGACGGCCUGGAUGUAAAUGAGUUAGUGUUCAACGAGGCUGCCAAAGAUGCUAUGCCUGGAGUAGACGUGAUUCAGCGCUUCUUGCCUAACGAAAAUACCUCAGAGCCAAUCAUGACCUUCAACGGACGACCAGUGCCUAUUGUAAAUUGAUUGAAGUGUGGUAUUCAGACUGGGUAUAUCUGUUUGCUGCAGUUUGAGUGUCUCUAACCAUUGUGGUGAUGUUAUUUCCAAAAGUAUAUUGCCUUUAAUCUCACGCACAUAAAAUAUAUCUGUUUCACUAUCAUUACUGUCAUACUAUUUCUCAACGCUGAUAUCUAAUAAACGUCACUUAUGUUCAAUGAAGUGAAAGGACA